CAUGUAUGGCUGCUAAUAGUGAAGGGAAAGGAACCAGUAAUCCUGUCACACUACUUGUCCGAUAUGCUCCUGUCUGUGCCGAGAGGAGGGACGGUGAACUAUUCGGCGCUUUGAAACACGAGACUGUUUCAUUACACUGUUCUGUCGAUGCCAAUCCCGCUCUAGUCUCCUUCCACUGGACCUUCAAUAACUCUGGGGAACAGACAGAAAUACCGCCACGGUUAUACAGCAGUCAUGGUCAUACUUCGACUCUCAAUUAUACACCCACUACGGAUAUGGAGUAUGGAACAUUGGCAUGUUUUGGAGCUAACGUCGUUGGUCAACAAAAGGUUCCUUGUCUGUUUCAGUUAGUAGCUGCUGGUCGGCCGUUCCAUCUGCAAAAUUGCUCAGUCGCUAACCAAAGUAUCGAUUCUAUUUUUGUGGAGUGCGUAGAGAACUUUGACGGUGGACUCCCACAGACUUUCCUCAUGGAAUUAUUAGAACUACCUUCGUUGACGGUUCGCUACAAUGUUUCCACGAAUCGAACACCACCAUACUUUGAAAUCCGUGGACUUCCGCCAGGUGUCACCUACCGAAUAGACUUGUACGCCGUGAACGCAAAAGGGAGGAGUGAUGUCACUACUAUCGAAACCGUCACCUUAAAAGGGCAAGCAAAAUUUACUGGAGAGAGCAACACCCUUGGAAUAUCACCGGUGCUGGCGUCUAUAGCAGCCAUGUCUGCACUUUUAGCGACCGCUGUUUGCGGUGUUUUAGCCGUAUUGUAUCGCAGACAUGCUGCGAGGCAUCGACAUAUGCCAGCCAAACAUGCACCACUAAGUGAGGCUAUGUAUGUGGAGCGCACCAGCCACUGCCCGACUCCAGUAAAGCACGAGGUCGAAUCUCGUGGUAGCAGUACUGAGCCACGCGAUGGAUUCGGAGCCAGAGGUGCACUGUUACACGCACCUGACCCAAAAGACGUGGACGAUGCUGACCCAGAUAUCAUACCUUGUUUGUAUGAACGACGGCCGGUAUCCAACGGUUACAUGAGUUUGCAGCGCCCGCCUUCGACUGGUAAAUUGCCGAAACCGGGUGAGGAUGCUCGUUCCGAGCCGGACGGCGGUUACUAUACGGAAUUCAAGAAGAAAGACUAUAGAAUACCUUUAACUAGCUCAUAUCAUAGUUUAGGACGUGUUAACAAAGGAGUGAACGCGUGCAGCCCAGGCUCUGCGGGGGGUGUGAUGUCAUCACUGACGGCCCAUCGACUACGACCAGAGGUGGUUACUACAUCACACAGAGUUCAAGAGAGUUGUAUAUAAACCUUCCUAUAUGAAUAGAUGUAAGAAUUGACUGUGUUCCUUUAGCGUCGGUGCAGACUAUUGUAGUGUUCGCGAAAUUACAUCACGUCUUUAAUUUCGAAGGACAAUAAAUAGAUGGCGUUGGUGUUCUGAUCACAAAUAAAGCUACUCAUUACAAUAAUAUAC